AUGGACCCCUCCACCCCUCCCCCGCCAUCACCACCCGCCCAAACCUCGGCAUCAUCACCACCCCCCAACGACUCCGACCGCAUCUUCAUCGCCUUCGACACCUACCCCUGGGCCAAAGAUCCCAAAUUCCUCACCCUCAUCUCAACCCUCACCAAACCCCCCAACACCCCAACCCGCCCCAAAAUCCUCUUCGCCCGCUCCGCCUACUUCACCCGCAUCCUCGGCCUGCCCGUCUCCGUCCCCGAAUACACCGCCUGGCUCUCCUCCCAUCCCUCCCACCCCUCCCCGGACGACGCCUUACUCGAGGCCCUCCUGAACCCUGUGUCACCACCCUCUUCUUCCUCCGCUGUGCAAGAAGAAGAAGCAGCGCAAACGAAAGCGGGAGACGACGCGAGGCCAGCCUGGCAAACCGCCGCCCCCAAAGCUGACCUCUACGUUGACCGCUCCUCUGCGUCCUCCGCUCCUGGCCACCAGUCGUCUGAGGGCCCGGCUUAUCCUGAACGCUUUGCCGAGCUGAUCCGUUGCAUCAAGGAGGGUUUGCCCGUCCCUGGUGUACGUGAAAUUCCUGAGACUGUCGUCCGGGAUCCUUCCGCGAAACCUUUUGGCGCUCGUGGUCCUGCUCCCAGGAAACCUUGGGAAAAGGCCGUAGAGUCUCAACCAGGGUCUGCCUCACCGCCCCAGGGAGCCGAGGAGGGCGCCAGUGCUGGUGCGCCGACUUUCUCCCCACCUGCUGUAGACCAAGAGUUCCCUCCGCUGGAGACGGAGGAGGCCUCGGAGCCUGGAACGACCGCCGAGGGUGAUCAAAAGGGAAAGGUGCCUGACCUCCCGGACGUGGAGAAGCUUAAUCUAGAAUCAGAUCCUUCAAAAUAG